GGGAGAGAUUGAAGCGCAGGGUAUCAGUGCACUGCUGCUCCCUCCCCAAACUGUGCUGCUGUCCACCUGUGCAGGAUAAUCCGUCCAGGCAGCAGACAGGAGACACUACAACAUCCAUCGCAUGCCAGGCGGAUUACUUGAGGAUGAACCUCCGUUUGGUGGGAAGGAAGACGAGGGACUAAGUUGCCAUCACAUUUUAAAAUUUUUUUCUGUGCUUGUGCAGCCUGUCAGCUGCUGGCAUACGUUCAGUUUGUAGGCAUUGCAGUUUUUAGACUACUUUAUUCUCUGGCUCAGUUAUUUUUCUUUCCUGUCUCUUCACUCCGGGCGGAUGUUUGUCCACAUAUUUCAUUGGCAGCUUUAAUUUUUCCUGCUUUGCUGCUACCUUGGGAAAGUCCGAUCAGGAGGCGAGGGAGAGAGGGAGGGGGGGUAAGGCGCAGCAGACAUCGGAGCGACGCGCGUUUGCUGGCGCACAUACAGAAACGAGGACCUAUUGCGCACCGCACCGCUUCUUUCACGCACACAUGGGAUCGGGCGCGCUCUCUCACGUGCACGCGCGCGCACACAUGGCUGCACCUCCAGACAAGCAGCUCAUUUCCCCUCUGCGUGCACACCGAGCUUCUGAUUGCAAUUAAACUCCAGAGUCCCGAGGCACCAACGCGUUUUUUUUAAAAACAAAACCUUUUUACCCUCUCCAUCUUCGGCAAGUUUAUUUCUUUUUUUCUGACAUGCGCAAGGCGGACAGCCACUAAGGAGAACAUCGCAGAAACAUUGCACGUCUAAAAGAUGAGAGGAAUUGGCCUCAGCGGAUCUCCCGUCGGUCACCGGAAUUGCGAGUGCAGGGUUGGGGCGGAGGGCACCGGGGAGAGAGGACAGGGAGAGGCCGGGGAGGAGGAGCUCUCAUCCGGACUGCCCGCCGCGGAACAGCCGCUGCUGCCGGAGCUCAAGAAGCAGGCUGCUGCUGCCGGGGGGAGGCGGGGGAAGGAUGAACAGUGCCUCAGUGUGAAAUUAUAACACUCAGCUGGCUUUGGGAGUGUUUGUUUUCCCGUCGUUUUACCUCUCACUAAUUAGUCUGAAGAUGCGAGAUAACGAACAGUGGCCUACUUAAUAACUGUCGUCCUGUACACUUAUCAGUGUGGCACUUUUGGGUCACCUCAAAGGUAAAUUCAGCACUUUGGAGAAAAGUAAAGGCCUGCAGUUGCUAUUUUACCUGAAAGGACAUCCUCCCAACAACAGGCCACUUACAAUAGUUCAACUUUCUGUGAUUUUUUUUUCUUAGUAGUGUUUGUAGUGGGCAGAAAACUUCUAAUAAUAUUCCUAUGAUCUAGGGAAGUCUAGUGUGUCUGUGAUGCUCAGUAGUGAGUUUAUGGUCACCGUAUUGCACUUGAUAGUAUUUUUUAUCUCGUAAAUAUUGCUAUGCUAUAAUAUUUCCUUAGUAUAUUAUAUAAAAUCUAUAGUUUAUAAUUUUCUGUGAUAUUUGUAUAGAGAAUUGUACAUAAAUUUAUUAUAAGAUCACUAUAAUUCAUUUUUGUAUUCACUUACUGGGAUAUAUCCAGAUAUCUUGAAGGAGCCCUGUUUCCAGGUGCCUUGGUAGUGGAGGUAGGCAUCAUUUAUUCAUAUACCUAUUUGUCUAUGAAAUAUUUAAAGGUCACAGACAGAUUUAGGGCCAACAUUCAUCCAGUUGCAACAUGGAAGUGUUUUUGCCGUAUUGGGCUUUUGUAGUAGAAUUGAUUUCCCUGGCUUUGCUUUAGCUUAAGUCCUCUUGAUUCCUUUUUUUUUCUAGGGUGAUUUGAGCGCUGACUUUUUGAGCAAUACUCCUCUGUCUGGAACUUGAACACAGCCUUAUAAAUCCGCCAGAGGAUGCUUACCCGCCGAUCAGAUAGUCAGACAAAUGCAUAUGUGUCAUAACACUUGUUGGCAGGUGCGGUUUUCAGAUAUACCAACACUUGUGCUCAGUUAUUUAUAGACGCUAAUAUCACUGUGUGCUUUUGGAGUAUCGGAUCAGAACAAGUGUCGAUGCUUGAAGGAAUGUAACACAAUCUGCGGAGCUGCAGCAAACAAAUACAGAGACUCGGUGGAAUAUAGGCUGAAGUCAGUGAACGCACCUCCAGCCUGUGCUGGCAGCAGCUCACUGUGGGGUCACCUACUGUUCACUGGAAGCGCAGAGACGCUGUCUCUACAAGUUUGGACACAAAGCACAAGAGCCCCUCCUCAUCUAGAUCAUCGCGCCCGGCGGAAGAGCAUAGCCACCGGGAAGCAGCCCAGCAUGGAGGUCCCUCCCACUGCCCCCCUUCAACCCUUCCGACAAUCCGUGAGUAACCCCUCCUGUCCCCGGCCUCGCUCGCUGCCUCCAUCCCUCUCGCUGUCCCUCCUCCCUCCUCCCGCCCUGGGCCCACCGCACACCUGUGGCCGUCGGGCCAGCGGCACCCCGCCUCACCCUUUCCCUCUCUCCCUGGCCGUCUCCCCCUCCCUCACCUUUUGCCAGCAGCAGCAGCAAAAGGGCUCCAAGAAAGGGCCCGGCACACCCCCUUUACCUCGCUCGCUGCCCCUCUCCCCCUCUCUGUCCUUCACCCUGCCCCACUCGCCUGCUGCCUCCUCCUCCCCCCCCUUCUUGUACUGGGGCGGAGACUGGAGGGCUGCCGGUUCGAGUCCAGUGGCGGGAGGAACGUUUAUUGCACCACUGCCCCCGUUUGAGAGUUUCCUCAGUAGAAGGUUGAAGGGCUCAAUCAAGAGGGCCAAGAGUCAGCCCAAACUGGACCGAACUAGCAGCUUCCGCCACAUGAUCCUCCCCCGCUUCCGUAGUGCCGACCAAGACAGGACCCGUUUGAUGCAGAGCUUCAAAGAGUCCCACUCCCAUGAGUCCCUGCUGUCUCCCAGCAGCGCCGCCGAGGCGCUGGACCUCACUCUGGACGAGGACGCCAUCAUCAAACCUGUGCACUCGAGCAUCCUGGGACAAGAGUACUGCUUUGAGGUGACUACGGCAUCGGGAACCAAGUGCUUUGCGUGUCGCUCAGCUGCAGAGAGAGACAAAUGGAUCGAGAACCUGCAGAGAGCUGUCAAGCCCAACAAGGACAACAGCAGGAGGGUGGACAAUGUCCUCAAACUGUGGAUCAUAGAGGCCCGCGAGCUUCCAGCCAAGAAACGCUACUACUGCGAACUUUGUCUGGAUGACAUGCUGUAUGCACGCACCACCAGCAAGCCCCGCACUGACACCGUUUUUUGGGGCGAGCACUUUGAAUUCAACAACCUACCAGCCGUCCGCAACCUACGCCUUCAUCUUUACAAGGAGACAGACAAGAAGAGACGCAAGGAAAAGAGCACAUACUUAGGACUUGUAAGCAUCCCCAUCUCAAGCAUCACUGGACGUCAGUUUGUGGAGCAGUGGUACCCGGUCAUCCAACCCAGCGUCCUCACCAAGGGAGCUGGAGUUGGAGGAGGGAAGAUCAUCAAUGCAUCCCUACGCCUCAAAUCCCGCUUCCAGACCAUGAACAUCCUGCCCAUGGAGCUGUACAAGGAGUUUGCAGAGUAUGUCACCAAUAACUACCGUACCCUGUGUGCCGUGCUGGAACCAGUGCUGAGUGUCAAGAGCAAAGAGGAGGUGGCCUGUGCUUUGGUGCAUAUACUGCAGAGCACAGGGAAAGCUAAGGAUUUCCUCUCGGACAUGGCGAUGUGUGAGGUAGACAGAUUCAUCGACCGAGAACACCUUAUCUUCAGAGAGAACACUCUGGCCACCAAAGCCAUAGAAGAGUACCUCAAACUGAUAGGACAUAAGUACCUCAAGGAUGCUAUAGGGGAGUUCAUAAGGGCCCUGUAUGAGUCAGAGGAAAAUUGCGAAGUGGACCCCAUGAGAACACCGCCCUCUGUACUGCCGGACCACCAAGCCAAUCUUCGAAUGUGCUGUGAGCUGGCACUCUGCAAGAUUGUUAAUUCCCAUUGUGUGUUCCCUCGAGAGUUAAAGGAAGUUUUUGCCUCCUGGAGAGUGCGCUGUGCUGAGCGGGGUCGGGAAGACAUCGCCGACCGCCUCAUCAGCGGCUCUCUGUUCCUGCGCUUCCUGUGUCCCGCCAUCAUGUCUCCAUCGCUCUUCAACCUCACACAGGAAUAUCCUGACGAGCAGACAUCACGCACACUCACCCUCAUCGCCAAAGUGGUGCAAAACCUGGCUAACUUCUCCAAGUUUGGCACUAAAGAGGAGUACAUGUGUUUCAUGAAUGAGUUUUUAGAGAUGGAGUGGGGCUCCAUGCAGCAGUUCCUGUACGAGAUCUCCAACCUGGACAGUGUCAGCAAUGCAGGCGGCUUUGAGGGAUACAUCGACCUGGGCAGGGAGCUGUCUAUACUGCACAGUCUCCUCUGGGAGGUCAUGGCUCAGCUCAGCAAGGACGCCAUCAUCAAGCUGGGUCCUUUGCCUCGCCUCCUGAAUGACAUCAGUAUGGCCCUGCGCAACCCUCAUCUUCAGAGGCAGCCGAGCCAUCAGACGGACAGAAUGCAGGAGAGACAAACGGACAGGCUGUUGUCACGGCCGAGCUUCAACAGGGGCAUCUCAUCAGAGUUCCAAAAUCUCAUGAUGAGGGAUCUUAAUAGCUCUAUAGAUAUCACUCGUUUGCCUUCCCCUACCUCCACCGGAGGGGUCAUGCCAUCCCGCUCCCAGAUGAGUUUUCAGGACCGGGACCACCCUCAUCGAGCAUCCUCCAAAGACAUGUUUUACGUAUCGCGCCCUCCUCUGGCCCGAUCCAGCCCAGCAUACUGCACGAGCAGCUCGGACAUCACGGAACCAGAUCCUAAGCGGUAUUUCCUGGGAAAUACUUUGAGGCAUUCCGAUAUCCAGGCAGGCCUCGCGGUGCUCAGUGUCAAUAAAAGCAUAUCUAUGAUGGACCUCCAGGAUUCCCGAAUGAACAGCGUGUCUAACCUGCAGUCGGUGGACAUGCUCAACUCCUCCCAGGCCUCCAUCGCCGGCAUGGGCAGCUUCGGCGGGCUGAGCAGCGGAGGCGGUGGCGGCCUGGGGUCGGGCCUGAGCAGCCAGCUGCGGGCCGGUGGGAGGUUGUCAGCUGGCUCUGGCGGCUCCAGCAUGUCCGGCGGCCUCCGGCUGAGCCAGCUGAGCCAGAUGGGCACCACCACCGACUCGCUAUCCCAGCAGCAGCAACAGCAGGCCGCCGCCAUGCGCUACCCGCUUUCCUUCCAGAAUCCCCUCUUUCAUCUGGCGACUGCUGAUGGGCCUCAACAGCAACAGCUCCAUCACCAGCACAGCCGGGCUCAACCUCCAGCACCUCUUCUCCUGGCCCCAGAGCCUGAACCCUCUCACCAGUCCUACAUCCCACAGUUCGCCCAUGGGGGGUUCUCUCGCAGUGAGGAUCUGUCCACCCUCAGGACCAGGGACAGUCACCUGGGCCAACCCAGCAUCAUCCACUCUCACAGCUACAGUGACGACUACAGCAGGGCUGACUAUGGACGCCGACAGAUGUCCAUGCAUGUGCAGGAUAAUCUCCAACAGCAACAACAAAUGAUGGGCAUGACCUCCCAGACAGGAACCUCCCACUCCUCCCUGGCGACCACACCUCCCUCCACAGUCCAACCUAUGCGCCAGAGUUCUGUUGCCCCGCCUCCCACCCAGCGCAUGAAGUCCCAGACCUCCCACCAGCUGUCCGUCAGUGCAGCCGCUGCACCUGCUGCUCCUGCUAAAACACGGCCUCAGAGCGGGAACCUCCUCCAGUCACCGGAGUCGGGCUAUGGCGGCAGGCAGCACGGGCCCCGGCAGCUGUCCGUCAAAGACAACACUGCCCCGGGCCUGCCCCACCAGCAGAGCUCUGUCAGGGAAAGCCAGAGUCCACAGGGAACCACCAGUCAGAGCACUCAGCAGUCACCACAACAGUCUCAGCAACAGCACCUGCUCAAACCCACCAUGAGCAAACAGGGCUCCCAAUCUCCAUCCACCCUCAAUCCUCCCUCAGCCAAUGAGCGAACAGUGGCCUGGGUCUCCAACAUGCCUCAUCUGUCGGCUGACAUUGAGAGUUCGCGGAUUGACCGUGAGGAUUUCAAACUUAAGGAGUAUUCAAAGAGCAUGGAUGAGUCACGCAUGGACAGGGUACGGGAAUAUGAGGAGGAGAUCAACUCCCUGAAGGAGCGCCUGAUGAUGUCUCACAAAAAGCUGGAGGAGUACGAGCGGAGGCUCCUCACACAGGAGCAGCAGACCAAUAAGAUCCUCCUACAGUACCAGAAUCGACUCGAGGACAGUGAGAGGAGGCUACGGCAACAGCAAGUGGAGAAAGACUCCCAAAUUAAAGGAAUAAUUAGCAGACUCAUGGCUGUGGAGGAUGAGAUAAGGGGAGGAGCCAUUCUUGAGCCAAAAACCAGGAUUUUCGCUGAUCAGGAGGACCAGCUUUCCUCCCUGGGUUCUGCAGACCCCGGUGUGAAAACUGAAGGUGGAGGGGGAGGAGGAGGAGGAGACGGAGCAGUAACCAACGAUCAAGGCCUCAGAGUCUCUUCCUUGGGCAUUUCCUCUGACAGCUCGCCCCACAAUGGAGUCCUCCCCCAAACCGUAGACCCUCCCUCUCUACCCACUACUCAUCAGCAUCCUAGUCAGAAUGGAGAGCUCCGUGGCAACCAAACAUCCUCCCCCAUGACAACCUCACAUGCAACUGGAACCACGGCAACAGCAACUACAGGCAUAGCAGAAGAAGGGGGAGUAGGUCAAACACAACACUGAGCCAAAUCAGAGAGAGAUGACACAAAGGAAAUCACUGUCCCCAUCUUUUGUUUUCCUAUUUAGCAAGACAAUUCUCUGAAAAGAAUAUUUCCUAAUUGUCGGGGCAAGAGAGAGAAGAACAGUAUGCGGGAGACGAGUAGUAACCACACAGCUACUGUACAGUGCAAAACACAUUACCACACAACACAAAGGGCUCUUCAAUGGACACUUGUUCUCUUGACGCUCACUUGGAGCUUCAGAUAGGAUCAGUCUUGCAGGACAAGAUGAUGAUACCUUAUCAAGCAUUUGACAUGCAAGCCAAUAUGUGAACACCUGCUCUGUGCACUCAUUGCCUGUCUCCGUGAGAAACGAAUACACGUAAGGAUCACGCGCUAUAGAAUGUCUUGCACCCCAAAGACUUUAUAGUAGCCAUUUGCAAAGAAGUACUAUAAGCCACAGCUUAUAGUAACCCUUGACUCCCAUGGAUGUAGAUGCAUUAAUAUACCUACCCUGAACAUGCCAGGCUGCAAUUUGUUAGGUACAGGUGUGGUGAUGUAGUCUGGCUUUCUUAGUGCCUUUGAGUGUUUUUCAACAGGGUUUUCCACUAGAGAUGGAGAUCCCAGUUAGCUUUGCUAGUAAGAGGACUGAUGUAUGGGCUGAAAACAGUGAUUCAAAGACACAAGAUCAAGCAUCAUAGAGGUUUGAGUGACGGGAAACACUUUGGGAACUUUUUCUUCCUUUUUUCAAUCUAAGGAACUCCUUGUUUUUGGACUGAGCUCGUGCAAUUUUUCUCUUCUCAAUCUCAGAACCGAUAUGUGAUAAACUGGUGCUAAACAGAAACAAAUGGUGCCAUUUUCCAAGUCAACUGUCUGUGUCUGCCAUAGCACUGCCUCGUUCAUGAUUCACUCACUGUCUUUUCUCUCUCUCCUGGUAUUUGUCUUUGACAGGACAUUUCCCCCUCCUCCUACCCCCAGUAUGCUUUCUAUGUGUCUCUGUCUUUGUUCUUUGUGCAUCCUGUUGUGUUCCUAUGUCAAAUGGGAUUCCCAUAUCUGUUUUUUAGAAGUGCACUCCUCCAAUCUCUGGUUUUAUUUACAGUUAAUAAAAGCAGCUACCAGGCUCAAAAUUGAUGGAUCAACUAUUGCACGGGUUACUUCAUAUUCGUGGAGACUGAGCCCCAAAGUGCUAUUUAAUUAUUUUAACUCUGAAUUAAGUUACUUUGAAAUGAAAUGGAUGAAUGUUUUUUUCUUUUAGUUUCUAAAUGUUGGUCCAUUGUGUUCUCAUUUAGAAAAUGAGUGUUUUUUUUUUCAGACACUCAUACAAUUUUCAACAAAACUAUUGUUAUAAGUGCAAAUAAAUACUACUAAUGUUUUCACUUUUGGGCAUGCACUACAUUUCACAAUUGUUUUUUACAGUCAGAAUUGCCAGUGGAACAGUUUGUUCCCUCUUGAACAUGUGUAGAAAGACCAUUUUCAACAAUUUAGGUUUGCUUAGCCUGCCAUUAAGUGCCUGGGAUAAAUAUAUUGAGCAUCUUUUGGCCAGUAGACUAGCUAGUCAUCGAGCAACUGCACCUUCUAAAGCCUUUCUUGAUUCAACAAUAUCACGUGAUUUUUUUUUUAAAAAAAAACUUUUUUUGUGUAAUUUUCAUAAUUUGGAGUUUAAUUUCCAAAUGAAAGCAUUAAAAGCAAAACAUUUAGUUUACAGUAAAUUUUAGAGAUACUGUUUGAUAUAUUUUUGAACUGAGCUCUUCUCAUGUAUCAGAGGCUGAACACCCGAGUCUCUGAAAUGUUUCUAUCCAUAUUCCUUCAUUUUGUGUAUGAGCUAUCUGUUGUAAGGUUUGUCUGGAUGUGAAUCUGUUUUUUUGUCUUUGUAGCCUCACACACUGGUGUCACUCUGCAACAACUCAGCUUGUUUAAAUGCGCAGGUUGAACCACGAGGAGUUGAAGAGUUUUACAUCAGCUUUGUGUCCGCCAUUGUUCUCUUUAGACAGAACACAUCACUUACUUUGCCAUGUCAAAGGUCAAACCGGCCAAUAGUAGAUUAGCUUAGACUAAACUCGUAAUUACAGUGAAUGUUUAACUUGUUGAACCACCAAAUGUUAACAAUGCUAGCAAUGUUACGCAGGGAAAGACUGUCCAUCGAGACAUCAUGUAGGGCUACUUCUUUCUUGUGAAAUUACUUGUGUGAUAAAUGUUGGAUACAAAGCGGGCUCAGUUAUGAACAUCAGUGUCUUUUUUUAGAGAUGUGAGAUGAUCCGUGAUUGAGAAAUUAACAUUGCUGUGAAAAUACCUCAGUGACUCAGGUAAACAAGCAGUUGCCUCAGAGCUGAACACAAAAACUAUAAAAAGAAAAGAGAUGAGUCCAGCUUUGGAAAGACUGCCACCAUGCAGAUACUCGGUCAAUAGCUAUGCUUCAAUAGCACCUGAUCAAGCACCCUCCCCCGUUUCUUCUCUCUCUCUGUCUCCCUCUUUUUCUCCCCCUAGCCACUCUCAAAGCUUCAUCGAGGACAAUGUGGAACCUAAUUGGCUGAUGCACCAUCGGCAGUCUACAGGGUGGCAUGGCCAAAUGUCCAGAGCCCUCUCUCGUGACGCGAUUGGCUGACAAAGGGAGAACUUGGGGCAUUGGUCCCAUUCUCUUUGCCCAAGGGAUGGUGCAGAGCCCCAGCGGACCAUGUAAGGAAAUGCUGGGUUUUUUUUCACUUUACUUGGGCCCUCUCUCUCUGAUUUGAUAAAAGGAUUUUUAAAAAAUGUGUUUGACGCCUCAUGGUUGAAUCUGUAUUACUUAUCAAAGGUAGGCUGGACCUAUAUUGGUGUUUGUUAGCCUGCCAAGCAUGCAAAGAACAGCUAUGCAGUCUGAUCAAUCAGCAGAACAGAGGAACACAAAGGCCAAGGAAGACGUGAUGCUCAAAACAAGAGAGAGGGGUGGGUAAGAUGUAUUUCAAAGGUGCUUGACUUCUCUUAAAGUUUCAGUCAAAGCUGAUUUACUUUCAAAGCAUUUAUUUCCCGCUCUCUCUCUCUAUCUCUCUUGUAGUCUUUUCAAAUUACCCUUUGAUUCCUCUUCAUCUACUAAUUCUUUAUUCAUCUAGGAUUCUCAAAGCAUUAUUUAACCACUUCAGUCCAUUUUAGACACACUUGAUCUCUUUCUCGACUCAGUUUUUAGCUCUCCCGUUCAGACUUGAUUUUAAAGGAAACUAAAUAUGCACAGCCUAAUUCAAAAAAGUGAAACUGCUUCUGAACAAAACUCUUGCUUCAGUGAAGACUUUGAAAAACCGGACAGAAUGUUCUUAUUUAUAUUUCUAUGAUGAUACUGCUUAUUCUUACAAUAGUAUUUAAAAAGAAACUCUUCAUCAGAAAUCUUCCGGAGCAGAUAUUUAUUUCUUGAUAUAGAUAGAUUCCUCUAUCUAAUGGAAGUUCAUAAAUAAUCCAUUUUAUAUGAACCAAGUUUUCUUACUAAGACAAUCCUGUGGAGAGAAGCGUUGCCCUAAAGGACUGUGAUGAAAGGGACAAACUUGUGUUUCGCCUACUCCCCUUACAACAGUUUGCACGUUGCUGUGACCUGAUCCCUCCUUCCUCUUGGUUAUUAUCGUUCUAAAACAAAAAAGAAAAAGAAAGAAAAAGCAGGCGGAUGUUUCUCAUCCAAAAAAUCGCCAUGGAGCUCUCCAUUUACGGACGAUGUGACAGUCUUUGGAUAAGGACGUUCUUACAGCUAUUGUUUUGUACUCCACUUUGACUAUCUGUCUGUAGAGUUUUAACUGAGCAGAGGAUAAACUCUUGGUUUCAGUGUGGCCACAUUUCUGCAGUCAAAUUGCCGUAAAACUCCCCGUUUUUUUCUCUGGAUGGACACCACUGACACCAAUCUGAGUUGAAAAUCCCUGCCAUUUCUACUUUUGUCUCAAAUGAGGACCGAGAGAGAUAUGUUAGAGGUCCUGCUAAAACGAGUGAAUGUGUUUGUAUAUAAGUGUGUGUACUGGCUAAAUCUUUGUGUAUAUACUGGAUAUAUGUGUAUAUAUGGUAUGUCUAUGUGUAUAUACAGUUUGUUUGUAUAUGCAGAGUGUACAGUUAUUUUUUCCUCUAAUGUUUCUCUCUCUUUCUAUGAAUAGGUCUUCUCAAGUUACCAAUACUGAGGCAUGGAAAGGUUUUUACAUGUACUGACAGCUAUCUGAGGCACUUUCUGUGCAGACUUAGAUUAUCAGCCAGGUCUGUCACUUCUAGCUGCAUUCUUGAAGCUCUCAUACAAGAAGUAACUCACAUAAUCUUAAGCUUGCACUCAUUUUCUGACCAACUAAAAAGCUUUUCUAAGUAGAUUUGGGUGACCAAGCAAUGUUUGUACAUAUAUAGACUAAGACAAUUUUCUUUCUUUUCUUUGUCCAGAAACCUCCAUUUGCAUUUCUUUGAAAUUUCUCAACCUGUUUUGAGUUCUUGCGUAUCUGACUUUCACUUUAGGUUCCUAUGGUAUAUGUUUGCAAUGGUUGUCAUUCAGAGUUAUAUAUUUAUUCCGACAACCCUUAUAUUAUAUUUCUUAAAAUUUUGUUCCCCAAAUUCUGCCUCUCAUGGAAGCGUCUAACCUUUUAACAUGGGUAGACCGGCAAAUCCUUCCAUGAAAGUAUACUGUCAUUACUUAACAUUGCUUGUUUUGUAUAGGUCCUUACUAAAUAAGUGUGCCUCCCCCCUUAUACUCUUACUAACCUUAGAUCCAUGAACUCCACUGGUCACACAUCUUCAUACCCCUUGACAAGCCAUAGCCCCCCUCCCCCAGAACUCCUCUAUUGUUGUUUUGACAGGACAGACAUUUGGGGAUUUUGUGUAUAUUAAUGGAAGAGUGGUGUUGAAGAGUGUAUUGCAGUUGUAUAUGGAUUUGUUAUGAAUGUGGAUAUUCUGAUCAUUGAAUUAUUAUUGUAAUAAUGAUAAUAAUUAUUGCCACUUUGAUUUUGUUGAUUAAUUCCUUUGAUGCGGUUGAUGAAGAUGCCAUUGUUCCUUUUUUUUCUUUUUCUUUUUUUUUUUUGGAAUACACCGGAAUUUAUAUUUUUCGGGUGGGUGAAUCUGGAGAUAGAAAUACGUAAAUAAAUUAAUAAAUAAACAAAUAAUUAAAUUCUUAA